AUGUUUUGUACUUCUUGUGGCGUGGUUUGUAUCGAAGAAGCAAACUUUUGCCAUGAAUGUGGUUCUAGAAUAAACGUUGUUGUUGAUAACUUUGAAUAUAAUAGAGAUAACAUUGACAAUAUAAUAGAGGAAUAUUUUUAUCAUGGUUAUCGAUAUCACGAUAUUGUAGGCUUGCUUGCAAAACACCAUGGAGUUCAGAUUCACGUAAGAACACUGAAACGAAAACUAAAAGAGCUUGGCUUAAAGCAACGAGAAACUGAUUUUGACGAACAAGCUGUUCGCAUGUGCAUAGAAAAGGAAAUGCAAGACGCUGGUUCGCUUGCGGGUUAUCGUUAUAUCUGGCAUGCCUUGCGUUUAAGGCAUCACUUAAUCGUACCACGCGGAGUAGUAUCUGCUAUUAUGAGAGAGAUUGAUCCAGAUGGAGUCAGGGAGAGGAAGGCGAGACGCCUGCGGAGAAGAACGUAUGUUUCAUUUGGACCAAAUUUUGCCUGGCACAUAGAUGGUAUGUACAUACUUAGACAAAUAUAUUAACGCAGUCAAUACCAGUGAACUAUACAGUAUAUGUUAUAUUGAUAUUUCAGUGGUCAAUACACCGUUCCGAUAAUUAUGUCAUAAAUACUUUUUGAAUUUUGGCCUGAAAGCCUCUGCCUUCAAGAAUGUUGAUCCAAUCUCGGCCUGAAUCCCCCACGUAUUUAUUAAGGGAAGCCUCGUAUAUCGAUUUUGUCCAUGAGAAACGUCAUAUGUUCGUUUCUCUGGAGACCCCCCCCCCCCCACCCACCUUAGAAACGUCACAUAUAAUUAUCGAUAUUUUGUUCUUAUAGUAUACACAUAUAAGGUAAUUUUCUACGGUCGGCUGCUGAUAUAUCUUUUUUAAUAUUAUAUAUCAACUUCAAAAUUUCCAACGUUUCUCAAAACAACUUUUUUUGCAUAAAAUAUUGAUAAUUUUUAAAUAGCGCGUUUUUCUUGAAAUUUGAGUGUUUUCAAUGAAGGCGUAAUAAUAUAAGUGUAUAGGUAUAGAACAAGUAUACGAAUGUAUAGACUGGUGUUUGUAUCAAAUUGUUUUCUUUUUUAUAUUCUGCAAAGAUGAUUCCGAAAUGUUAAGGAUUUCGAAAAAACUAUCGAAUUUUUCCAUGUUUGCAGAGAAACGUCACAGCUGCAAACCCCACCCCCAAACGAACAUAUGACGUUUCUCGUGGAAAAAAUCGAUAUGUGAGGCUUCCCUAAUGAAAGCGAUGUUUCCAGGUCAAAAAGUAUUUAAUUACGACGUAACUAUCGUAAGGGUGUGCGAUUUUUCCUCCCAAACUUUGGAAUGCUUGAAUAAAUGAGAAGUUUUUGUGAGUCUCUGAUUAAAAACAUUUGUUAAUUGCUUUCAGGUUACGAUAAACUCAAACCAUAUGGGUUUCCAAUACAUGGAUGUAUAUGUGGAUAUAGCAGGCGGAUAAUCUGGUUGGAGGUUGUCAAAUCAAAUAAUAAUCCUAAGAUUCCUGCCAGGUUGUUCCUUGAUGCCGUUGGAAAUUUAAAAGGAUGUCCUCGAGUUGUAAGGUCGGACUGCGGAACAAAAAAUGUUCUAAUUGCUGGGAUGCAGUCCUAUUUCAGAGCUCAUGGUAAUGAUGAAUAUGCAGGUGUGAAAGCUCAUCAGUACGGGUCAUCGCCAUCAAACCAGCGUAUUGAGGGUUGGUGGUCUUUUUUUAGAAGAAGCAAUUCAACCUGGUGGAUCAAUAUUUUUAAAGAUAUGAGUGAUUCUGGAAUUCUCGAACUUGGUAACGAGUUUCAUAUGCAUUGUCUGUGGUUUUGCUAUUCCAAAGUAAUACAAAACGAACUUGACAAAGUAAAGGAGCAAUGGAACAGCCAUUAUAUUAGAAAAUCUCGCCAUGAUACAAUUCCUGGAGUGCCAGAUAUUUUGUAUUAUCUACCAGAAAACUCAGGUGCUAUCGAUUGUCUUGUUUGUGUUCCUCAAGAUAAAAUCGACGAAGUUGAACCACAAUGCUAUUUGGAUGUAGAAGAGGACCCAUACACAGAUUAUUUUGAACAUAUUAUGGAAACAGAAAUGUGGAACUAUCCAGCAAACGCAGAAGAAGCUUUUAAUCUUUUCCAAAACUUUAACAAUUUACAAGAACAAGUAUAA